AUGCGCGCCGCACCGACUUCGGACGAGAUCGGAGACACUCAAAUGAGUGGCGAGAUGCCGGACCCUCUUGAGGUGGCGCAGAGCCAGACGUUACAGUCGGAUCUUAGACUAGCCGAAAUCGUGGGGCGACCGAAAGUCAACAAGGCUGGCUUGAUUGUCACUUCUGAGCUCGGCAUCGCAAUCGCGAGGUGUAAGAGGAAAGUGCAGAAGUUGGCGCGCGAGUGCCGGCGGGCUAACAGAAGGUUUAGGGAUAUCGACUUCGACUUCUUGGAAGAUAGGGAGCGCUGUUUGCACGGUCUGGACGCCACGGAUAUGUACUUUCCCACUGACACUCUCCGCGUCAACGAGAUAUUCGAUAGUCCGCAAUUCUUCGUGGACGGCGCUACUGCAAGUGAUAUAUCGCAAAGCGACACCCUCGGCGACUGCUGGUUCUUGAGCGGCUUGAGCAUCGUCGCGACUGCGGGCCUGAUUGAAAAGAUUUGUGUUGAGCGUGAUGAAAAAGUUGGAGUGUAUGGGUUCAUCUUUUGGAGAGAUGCAGGGUGGGUGGAUGUUAUUGUGGACGAUAUCCUCUUUGUGAAGAUACCCCACUGGGAAGAACUCAAUGUCAGGGAACGGAUGAUCUACAAGGGUGACGAAGAUCGUUACUUCAAUGAGGCCCGUAAAGGCAGCAAGACACUUUUCUUUGCAAGAUCCAUGACAGAGAACGAGACUUGGGUACCUCUCCUAGAGAAGGCAUACGCGAAAUUGCACGGGGAUUACGCGGCUUUAGAACGAGGACAUGCAGGCAAGCUCGAAGCAGUUGAGGACCUGACAGGGGCCGUGUCAUCGAGACUUCAUGUUCAGGACAUACUCGACCGGGACCUCUUCUGGAAGGAAGAACUGAUGAACGCGAACAAGGAUCGCGUCUUCGCUUGUGUUGCAAAGGACAGAUAUCUGACGCCCAGUGUGAACAACACUUCACGCUCAUUUGAUAGUGGGCUCUCUGCUCGCCAUGCCUACGCCAUUCUCAGAGCGGUCGAAUACAGGGGAAGAAGGUUUGUCAAACUCAGAAACCCCUGGGGAGAGACAGAUUGGUCCGGUAAAUGGAGCGAUGGGAGUAAGGAGUGGGUUCAGGAGAAGUGGUCAAUUGAUGAAGCUCUCCACGCAUUAGAAUAUAAGUUCGGAAAUGACGGAGAGUUCAUCAUGGAAUACCACGAUUUUCUCAAAAUCUGGGACUCGGUUCCUAAAUGUCGCUUAUUCAACGACGAGUGGGCUUUGAGUCAACUAUGGUUGUCCGUGGACACCGGUGUCUUCCCAAAGCCUGCUGAGUUCGGUGAUGUUUCUUGUGAGAUGGUCCCUCAACCCGGCCUGAUCGUUCUAGCCCAGUUAGACAAGCGUUAUUUCUUGGGGAUGGAAAGUCUAGUCAACUUCAGUCUUGAGUUCUGCAUUUACAAGAAGGAUGGAGACGAACCUGUGGCGUCGUCGAACCAUCAUGGGCUUUGGGAUCGAAGCGUCGACAUAGAGAUCGAUUUGGAAGCCGGUGAUUAUGUCGUUCAGGUGAAGGAUGACUGCCACACUUGCGCUGCCUAA